ACAAUCGGAACGGAAUUGAAGAUCCAACUUUUCAGCAGAAUUAGAUUUCGUUUUUCUGCUCUAGCUAUGAAGCAAAAACUUAAGACUCUCGUUGCAUUUUUCAUUUGUAGUGUAAUUGUGUCGUUAGCGAGUGGUCACUCGUUAAGUGGGUAUCGGGGGAAGAGGCAGACAGUCAACGUUGAUCCAGUGGAAUACCUACGCCAUUAUGGGUACCUUCCUGAUCACUAUUACACAAGCGACAUUGCUCCAGAUCCCGCAGAGUUGAGAGAAGCAUACAAAAUAUUCCAAAAUUAUCUUAAAAUUGAUAUCACUGGAGACUUGAAUGAAGAAACACAAACAGCAAUGAAUCGCCCACGGUGUGGCUGUAAUGAUGUAUUUUCUAUUUGGAUGAACCAAACAACACAAGAUAGAGUUAAACGUUUUGCUAGAUAUGAACCUGUCAACUUCAAUGCAAGAAAUGGCUGGUCGGUGACGAAUCUUACGUGGCGACUGCUUGGGUCUACUCGAUCUAGCCCAAUUCCUGAGAGUGUGGUCAGGUCUGAGAUUAUAAGAGCAUUUGCACUGUGGUCAGCGGAAACACCACUAACAUUUAGAGAGGUCAGUAGUGGAGCUGACAUCGACAUUGACUUCGUGGUGGGUCGUCAUGGCGAUGGUAGUCCAUUCGAUGGACCUAGUGGGGUGCUUGCACAUGCCUUUUUCCCUCAAGUUGGAACCACUCAUUUUGAUGACCAAGAGCAAUGGACCACAAACUCUACCACAGGCGCAGGAAUAGACCUGUUCAUAGUUGCUGCCCACGAGUUUGGGCACGCCCUUGGACUCGACCAUUCCAAUGUCCGUAACGCUCUCAUGUUUCCGACAUAUCUAGGUUUUAUUCCCAACUUCAAACUGAGCAAUGACGAUAUUAGAGGAAUCCGAAGUAUCUAUGGGGGACCACCCACUCUUCUGCCAACUCGCCCACCAACUCUUCCGACCAUUCGUCCAACCACACGUCCAACUACUCGUCCAACCACCACCCGCAGACCAACUCCUCCAAACACUACACGCAGACCUAGUACAACCUUUCCCGAAUGUAGGAUACGAUACAAUGCAAUAUUUGAAGAUGACAACGGUGAUUUGCUGAUGUUCGGAAGAAGGAAUUUGUACAAUGUGCCAGUUUAUGACCCAGAAACCAGAUUGUUUUCUGGUACACGUGCGUCAAAUAUGUUCCCUCGCAUUAUGUUUAAUCCGGAUGCAAUUUUCCACGUCCCUGGAUACACAUUCGUCAUCAGAAGAAUGAGAAUACAGCAAUUUUCUCGCAGUGAUCGUCGUUUAACUGGUUCGCGGGUGCUGAAGGCUGAUACUUGGAGUCGUUUAAAUGGGUUACGGAGAGGGUCUCGAGUAACAGCAGCCGUGGCCCUUACACAGAAUACCGUCUAUUUGUUUGGACGUUUUGGGAGACAAGCAGGCUAUGUAUGGGAAUAUGACCUGUCCAACGGAAAAGUGAAAUCCGGGUCUAUGGAUUUGAUAAGUAGGAAAUUCCCAGGCAUUCCCAGAGAAGUCACCAUGGCGUUUUCUCGUGACCCAUCAGAAAUAAUUUUCGUCGCAAAUGGGAGCUACUACCGUUACGACACUGAAUCAUUUGAUGUUUCGGGACCAUUUGAUUUUGCCCCAGCUUUCAUUGGCGGUAGAUGUGGAAGGGCGGAGAUUUAAAGAAGACUUGCUGGCUGGAAUCGCUACGCAUUGUACAUCGGCUUUACAUAGUAUUUUCCUUGCGCUUGGAAAGAUUAUCAUUUUUCAUUACUUGUGAUUUUUUUUCUUUUUUUUUUUUUUUUUUUUUUCAAUUUUUCAUAUCGUGGAUUUUCAUUUACAUGUAUGUUUUGGAAAUAUUCUUUCUAUAAAGAUUUGUUUUGUAUGUUGAAUUUUUGUUUUUGUUUCCAAUUUUAAGUAUCAGCAAAUUGUGAAUAUUAUAUCAAAGAGAACAUAACUCUAUUUAGGAAUUCUCUGAUAUGUCAGAUACUCUAUACGGAGUACGUAAGAAAUAUUGAUUGCACCAAGUACCUUCUAAUUGAUAAUAAAAAAGGACUUCGGCUGUCCCUAAAAAAAACA